AUGGGCAAGGAACUCACGCUCGAGCAGAAAGCCGUUGUCAAGAUGUACGUGACGCGCGGCGCCAACGAGGGCGUCGUCACGUGCUGCUACUGCGACAAGGAGAUCUCGUCGCGCAACGUCGAUCGCUGGGCAUCGCACCUACGAGGGUGUGCCAAGACUCCGGAAGAUAUCAAGGCGCAGAUCCGACCGGCUCGAGUCAGUGAAGCGACACAGGCCACUAACGGCUCCUCAACGUCCGUUCCCGUUGCGCCGGAACCAACGAAGCUCAAGACGCAGGCGGCCAGUGCUGCAGUGCUUGCGACUCCAUCCGUAGCGGUACCUGCAGCGCCGACGAGUGUCGCGAUGGUCGCCCCAAGCCCGCCGUUGUCGUCGCCAGUUCAGUCACUGGGCAGCAGCUUCAACGAAGUGUUCAAGGUGCAUGUGUCAAAGGACUAUAUGAAGUUCAAUGCGGCGCACUUUAUCGCGUACAAGGGGUUCCGGGAGAAGCUGCACGGACACAACUACCGCUUGGCUGUCACGAUCACUGGACAGGUCGGCAAGGACGGCUACGUGGUAGAUUUUGGCGAGAUCAAGAAGAUCUCACGGGUGAUCUGCAAUGAGUUGAACGAGUCAUUCCUCGUGCCAAUGAAUAGCGAUGCUCUGAAGAUCUCUUUCGAUGGCACGAAUGUACACAUUGUCACGGAGGACAUGGCCCAGUUUAGUUUUCCCAAGUCGGACUGUUCGUUGCUGCCGAUUGUGCACUCGUCAGCAGAGGAGCUCGCUAUUUACAUUAGCAAUCAGCUGGUCGACGCUUUCACGCUCGUUGCGCUCCUGGAUCGUGGCGUGAGUAAAAUCGAAGUGAGCAUCUCGGAGGCGACUCAACAGUUUGCCUCUUACGAGCGCACCAUCUUAGCGUAA